AUGCGGCUACGUGGAGCAGACCGAGCUACAGGACCGAGCUGCAGGACCGAGCUACAGGACCGAGCUGCAGGACCGAGCUACAGGACCGAGCUACAGGACCGAGCUGCAGGACCGAGCUACAGGACCGAGCUACAGGACCGAGCUGCAGGACCGAGCUACAGGACCGAGCUGCAGGACCGAGCUGCAGGACCGAGCUGCAGGACCGAGCUGCAGGACCGAGCUACAGGACCGAGCUGCAGGACCGAGCUACAGGACCGAGCUACAGGACCGAGCUGCAGGACCGCGCACCGCAGAUCAUCGCUGGACAACAUUGGAUCACACAAAGGCGCCCAACGAUCGAGGUAUGUGUAG